UCUAUUUAUAGUCAGUUCGAGGAUACUAGCUCUCAUACACAGAAGAUUAACAAGAUGAGAGUUUCAGGCUUUCACUCAAUACGUCUUCUUCUUGUUGUUAUUCUUGUUUCAUGGGGAAGCUCAAGCUUAGCCCAAGAUCAAGAUCAUCUCAGCUUCAUUCAAUGCCUUAAACUCUAUUCAGAUACUCUUUUCCCAAUCUCCACAAACCUCUACAAUCCAGAAGACGCUUUAUAUUCAUCCGUCCUUAGUGCUUCCAUUAGAAACCUUCGUUUCAAUGAGUCUUAUACCCCAAAACCCCGCCUCAUUAUCACAGCUACUCAUGAAUCUCAUGUCCAGGCUGCCAUUUUAUGUGGCAAGAGCCAUGGCCUUGAGAUGAGAAUCCGAAGUGGUGGCCAUGAUUAUGAGGGUUCUUCUUAUGUUUCGUUUGUCCCGUUCUUCGUUCUUGAUCUUUUGAACUUUAGGUCCAUCAUUGUGAACAUCAAAGAAGAGACUGCUUGGGUUCAAUCUGGUGCUACUGUUGGGGAGCUUUACUAUGCGAUCGCAAAUAAAAGCAAAGUUCACGGUUUCCCUGCUGGAAUGUGCCCUACUAAUGGUGUAGGUGGACAUUUUAGUGGUGGAGGCUUUGGUAACAUGAUGAGAAAAUACGGUCUUUCUGUUGAUAAUAUUAUUGAUGCAAAAUUAGUUGAUGCACAAGGUCGUAUUCUUGAGAGAGAGUCAAUGGGGGAAGACUUGUUUUGGGCCAUUACAGGGGGUGGUGCAGCAAGUUUUGGUGUGGUCUUAGCAUAUAAAAUAAAGUUAGUCCCUGUGCCACAAAAUGUGACAGUCUUUCAAGUAGAAAAAACUGGUGAAGAUAACAUUACUGAAUCUGUUCACCGUUGGCUAGAAAUAGCAGAUGGUUUUGAUAGAGAUGUAUUCUUCAAUAUGAUUCUUGAUGUAGCAAAUCAUGGAGUAGAGAAUAAAAACAGGACGAUCCGAGCCACAUUUAUGGGAUUUUUCUUAGGAGAUUCAGAAAGACUCAUCACUCUCAUGAAUGACAAUUUUCCAGAACUGGGAUUGGAAAAUCAAGAUUGUCACCAAGUAAGUUGGAUUGAAUCAGUGGUCUAUUGGGGCAAUUUACCCAUUAAUAAUGGCACAUCAACUGAAGUUCUACUCAACAGAACACCUCCAGAACUGUAUCAUAGCAAGAUAAAAUCGGACUAUCUCCAGAGGUCUAUACCAAAAGAAGGACUAAAUUUGAUAUUCAAGAAAAUGGUUGAACUAGAGGCUCCUUACAUGUCUUUCUACCCUUAUGGAGGAAAAAUGAGUGAGAUUUCACCUGAUGCAAAACCAUUUCCUCAUAGAGCAGGAAACAUAGCAAAUAUUAUGUAUGGAACAGAUUGGACAGAGCAUGGAUUUGAAGCUGAAUACUAUUACAGUGGUUUAACAAGAAAGCUGUAUGACUUCAUGACUCCUUUUGUGUCCAAGUUCCCUAGGGAAGCAUAUUUGAACUUCAAAGACUUUGAUUUAGGAAUCAAUCACCAUGGACAGAACAGCUAUUUACAGGGGAAAGGAUAUGGAGACAAGUAUUUCAAGGAGAAUUAUGAUAAGUUGGUGGAGAUUAAGAGUAGAGUGGAUCUUGAGAAUUACUUCAAGAAUGAACAAAGCAUCCCACUCCGUCCACUUUCGGCAGAAGGCAAACUGCAAAAGGGUAUUAGCGUUAUUUAAGCUAACUAUUUGAAGUAUUUGGCUGCUAAGUUGUAUUUUCAACUUGUUCACUCAAGUGGUAGUGUAAUAUUAAAAUAAAGGGAAGUUCAUUAUGCAACAAGUCUAGUUAAUUAACCGUUGAUUAAUGCAUGGUUAUUUUGUUCA